GAUUUAGUUGGGAACGUGUAACCGCUGUGUAAGGUUGUGUAUCUAUUCGAUUUGCGGCGUUUUUAUUUCGCCUUAAACGUAUACGGUUUUUAUGGUUAAAAACAGAAUAAAUUACUGAAUGUAUUUUAUUUUAUAUAUAUAAAAACAACCAAAACGCCAGUGUUAACCCCUUAAUAACAAUAAAACAAAAGACGCUUGAAAAGCGCGUGAAUAAAAAAAAAUAGAACAAAAAAAACACAAAAAUCUAUUAAAAUACUAGAAUAAAAUCAACAAAAACCAAUUUUGUUGUUUUUACCAUAAAUUCGCUCUAGUAUUCUUGAGUGAGUGUGUAAGUGUGUGUGAGUGAGAGCCACAACGACUACGACAACGACAGUUUUGGAGCAGUGCACCAAACAGUGAACUCCAACGGAGCCAACAUCAUCGUGUCUUGUUUCAAUUUUUUUUUUUCACCAACAUUUUUGGAUUCCCUCAACGUGCAGAGUAGGUCAGAUAACGACAAACUAUAAAGGAUAAUUAUACGCUGUUAACAAAAAUAUAAGAAAUAACUUUUAAACUUGUUUUUCUCUCUCCCAUUUGUUUUGGGGUAAACCGCAGUAAUAACUCAAGGAAGCAGCCGUUAAAAAUAUAACUAAAACUACAACCAAACAACAUCAACUUCAGACACCAACAAGGAAGAAAAAAAAGGGAAAGAAAUUGCCAAGAAAAAUAUUUAUCCAACCAAGGAACGUACAACUUCAGGAAAACGUCAGUAACAUGUUGAAGAAAAUGGGAGGCGUAGGCUUGUUAGCCUGCGGUAUUUUACUGUUAUGUGCUGUCAGCAGCGUCAACUCUUAUUCAAAGUAUGGGCGUGGCUGCAAUGACAUUGGCUGUUUGCCCAAUGAGGAGUGUGUCAUUACCUCUGAUUCGUGCAGUUACAGUCAACGUGAUGGCAAAGAUUGUGGCAGUUAUCCUACUUGCAAAAGGAAGUCUGGCGUCAGUACCUCUUCUUCAUCAUCGUCGGUUAAUCCUUCAGUAAGCGGUAGUAAUACGCACAAUUCAUACAAUCCUAGUGCACCGCAACAGCCUAGUGCUCCUGUGCCUGAUUAUAAUGGCAUGGCCAGCAGUGGUGGUGCCGGUGGCGGAGGCAGUAGUGGUGGAUAUGGUGGUGGUUUUUCGGCUGGCGGCCAUAGUUUGUAUCCUAGUUUACCUUCCGACAACAAUCAUGGCGGUGUAAUGGGUGGUGGCUAUAAUCCUUAUAGUGGUGGCUAUCAACCUGGCGGUUAUAAUCCCGGUGGCUAUGUGCCACCUGGCUAUCAACCUGGAGGUGCUGGUGGUUAUCAACCUAAACCGGGCUAUACUCCCCCGGCUCCUGGUUAUGGUGGCGGUAGUGGUGGAAGUGGUGGUCACACGCCCACAAAACCUAAAGAAAAGGAAGGCGGUGGCUUCUUCUCGAAUUUCUUCUCCAAUCCUGCUGUAAGUCAAGCUGUUUCUGGAAUAAUUGCAGGACAAAUAGCCAAUUCAUUGCGCGGUGGCGGUAAUACUCCUGCUCCUCAGCCCAGUGGUGGUUAUCAGCCGAGUGGUGGUUACGGUGGCGGUUCUUCAGGUUCAUCAGGUGGAAGCAGUGCGGGCAGCAAUAUUUUGGGUGGUUUAUUGGGAAAUGUUUUAAGUGGCGGUGGUGGUGGCGGAAGCAGUGGCGGUAGCAGUGCUAGCAAUAUUUUAAGCAGUGUUUUAUCUGGUGGUGGUGGCGGCGGUAGCAGCAGUGGUGGUAGCAGCAGUGCCAGCAACUUUUUGGGCAGUCUUUUAGGAGGUGGUGGUGGCAGCUCUGCCAAUUCCAAUCGUGGUGGUUCCGGUGGCUUUGGGGAUAUUCUUUCCUCACGCAACUUUGGUGGCCUGUUCAGUGAAAAUCCCUCUUCCAAAUCAUCCAGCUCUUCUCAAUAUGCUCAACCUUCGUCCUCCUCCAGUGGAGCAAAAAGCUAUCCUACACAACCACCCAUGUAUGGCAACUAUAACUACAAUGGUUAAAAUAAUGAAUAUUUUGAAAAGUUACUUUCUUUAAUGCUACUUUAUAUUAAACAAACAUGUUAUAUUAAUCUUUGAAAAAAAACUAACAAAUCUUUAAAGUAGUUUUAGUUGAAAAAUUUUGUUAACAAAUAAUAAAAAGUAAACAGAAAUUAAAUAAAUAUAUACUCCUCUAACAGUCAAACACAUUAAACAAAAUAUACUCUAAUGCAACAAAUAAAUAAAUAUUUUUAUGGACAAAAAAAACAACUCCCCUUCCUCCCCCUAGAAACCAAAAUACCAUGUAAUAAUUCUCAGUUUACAAAAAAAAAUUAAAAAUAUUGUAAAUAAAAUUUAAGAAUUCCCUAUAAAUAAAAACAAUAGUCAAGAAAUUAGCGAUAAAACCAUAAAAGAAUAAAUAAAUAAAAUUAAAACAAUCAUUACAACAACAAAAAA